AUGGAAAGUACACUGGAUCAGUACACGGAUAAAGCCGAGCACUACUCCAAACUGAAAGAGCGCGACUGGGUGCGCGUCGUCGAGCGGCCGACCGUCUUGCGCGCCCUCGGUGACCUCCGCAAUUUAACCUGCAUGGACAUGGCCUGCGGAUCGGGCUACUACGCCCGCCAGAUGAAACUCCUUGGCGCCGCCGAGGUCAUCGGCGUCGACUACUCGCCGCAGAUGAUUGAGCUGGCCCGCAGCCUCGAUGACCUUUCCAUCACCUACCUCACCCAGGACUGCGAGCGCCUGGAGGAACUGGGCAUGCCCGAGUAUUUCGAUGUGGUGUUCGGUGGGUGGAUGAUCCCGUAUAUCCCGUCGGUGGAGCGGGUAUCCCGUUUCGCCCAAAAUCUUCGAAGCGUGGUGAAGCCGGGCGGUCGGACCGUCCAGUUGUUCGGGAAUGAGAACCGCUUCAGUAGCGGGAAUGUCGUGGAUCUGAUGGACGCCAUGGGGCAGCGGUUUGAAGCUAAUGGGCAUGUACCGCGGGACGGAGAUCCGUAUAAGGUCAUCAUUGGAGCGACCGGCGACAGUCCGGGGGUGGAGCUGAUCAAUCACUAUUACACGCAUCCGACCAUUAAGAAGUGCUUUAUGGAGGCCGGGUUCGGGGAAUGUAAAUUUCACUCGAUUGUUCUGCAGGCGAAGACGACAGCGGAGCGGGAGAAGUACCGGGAAUUUGUGGAGGAUCCGCUGAUAACGGUAUUCGAAGCCAAGAACGUUUGA